GUUCGAAUAUUCUCAGGCAGAACACUCCAUAACGUAUCCUACCAAUUUGGCAAUAUACCUCGGACACUUUACCAGUUUGGAAUGGAAAUAAAGAACAAAAAAUAUGAUGUCUAUUUCCCGCAAUUUCCAUCACGAUACUCGAUAUAUUCAGUAUCCACUUUUCCAUAAAAAAAGAGCUUUCCAUCAUAACCGAACCGUUACUUCGUUUGAGGUCAAAAUGUGAACGGGAAUAUAUAUGUCAAAAAGAUUCAGAAUUGAUUGCACACAUAAACGAUCCAAUCUGCUAUAUCAGGGAAAGAAUCACAUCAUUAAUUAUUUGAGACAACAUUGGAAAAAGAGCCCAAUAUUGCUCGUGGGUUUUCAAACAUUUCACACUAAUCAUAUUCACAUACGACCACAAAUUGAUGAAACCUUAAGAGCUGAUAGCCUGACCCUUUUUCACAGCAAGCAUGGAGUUCCCAAAAAUCCAGAUCAGUCCACUUCUUGUGGGAUUUUGGUUUCUAUGUUCAGUGGCGUUAGUUCAUGGUUGGGGAAAUGACGGGCAUCUCACAGUUUGUCGACUUGCUCAGCCGCGAUUGAGCGAGGCGGCUGCGAAUGCUGUGAAGGAUCUUUUGCCAGCAUAUGCAGAAGAUGAUUUAGGGAGUUUGUGUUCAUGGGCUGAUAGAGUCAAGUUUCGGAGGCCAUGGUCAUCCCCACUUCACUACAUUGAUACCCCUGAUGAUCUCUGCACUUAUCAGUACACCAGGGACUGCAAGGAUGCAGAUGGAAUAAAAGACAGAUGUGUUGUAGGGGCAAUCAACAAUUACACCACCCAGCUCCUGACUUACGGACAAGAAUCUGCUUCUCAAUAUAAUCUUACUGAGGCAUUGCUGUUUCUGUCUCAUUUUAUGGGUGACAUUCAUCAGCCCCUGCAUGUAGGAUUCACUUCUGAUAGGGGAGGGAAUACAAUCGAUGUCCAUUGGUACACCAGAAAAUCAGUUCUUCAUCAUGUUUGGGACAAUAACAUCAUCGAUACUGCUGAAGAAAGAUACGAUGACUCUGAUGUGACCGAGCUAAUUGAUGCAAUCCAAACCAACAUAACACUGAAAGGCAACUAUAGAGUAAAGACAUGGGAAGGCUGCACCACUGGCAAUCCUCCAUGCCCAGAUGUAUAUGCGACUGAAAGUAUUAAAGCUGCAUGUAAUUUUGCCUAUAAAGGUGUCACUGAGGAAUCCGUACUGGAAGAUCCCUAUUUUCUGACUCGUGUACCGAUAGUCUAUUUGCGGCUAGCUCAAGGUGGAGUUCGUCUUGCAGCUACACUGAACAGUAUAUUUGGAUGA